CAAUACUUCAAAGCUUUCAUUUUAUGAUAUCUUAAAAUAAUUUUUUUUGAAUAUAAAGCUACGGUAAGAACUGUAUAAAAGAUAUAAAAAUUAAAACAUCAAAAUUUAAGAUGAUUCUACAUUUUAUAGAUGGAUUAGUAAAAAUAAUAAGGUUAUAAUUGUCUUCACUCCUCAGGAGCAUCUUUAAAUAAUUAGAAUAUUUACGUGGUGUUCCACAGUUAUUUUUCGGUCUUCACAUACCUGGUUAAAGGGACAUUAAUUUUAUCAAAAAAAGGGGAACAUUAAUUGAAAGUAGAAAUUUGCAAGCGUCCUUACAGAACUUGAUGAUGACUAUUGACCCCAAGUCAAGCUGGUUGGGUGUUCUUGAUUUGCUCCACCCACAAUCUUCCUUCUUCCCACUUCGUUCUGUCGUUGCUGAAUAUUUCAUUCCCCUUUACCCCUUUGGCCAAAAGCUCCUCCAUUGGCUGUUCCAGGUCCUUCCUCUGCUUCAACUUCUCCGAUGAAGUAUCAUGUUUUCUUGAGUUUCAGAGGCACCGACACUCGCACCAACUUCACUGAUCACUUGUACGCUGCUUUGUGUCGACAAGGGAUUGAAACUUUCAGGGAUGAUGUAGAUCUUCACAAAGGACAAGUUAUUAAGGACGAACUCCUUCAAGCUAUUGAGCAAUCUAUGUUUGCGAUUGUUGUGCUCUCCAAGAAUUAUGCUUCUUCCUCUUGGUGUUUGGAUGAAUUGCAGAAGAUCGUGGAAUCCAAAAAGGACUCCAGUGAAACAGUUUUUCCAGUUUUUUAUGGCAUAGAUCCAUCUGAUGUACGACAUCAAAAACGAAAAUUUGCUAAAGCUGUUGAGACCUAUGAAAAUGAUUUUCGAGCUGAUGAUAGAGUACGAAGAUGGAGAGAAGCUUUAACAAAGAUUGCUAAUUUAUCUGGCUGGGAUACAAGAAAGAAACAAGAGGCAGGAAUUGUUGAAGACAUUGUGGAAUCUGUGUGGAACAAAUUACGUUUGAAAUUGCCUGGGAAUUUCAAACAUUUAGUUGGAGACAUUCAAUCAAAGGUGGAUAAAAUCAUCUCCCUUUUAAAAAUAGGAUUGGAUGAUAAACGCUUCGUAGGGAUAUGGGGAAUGGGCGGUAUAGGCAAAACCACUCUCAGUCGAGUUGUUUAUGAUGCACUUCGAAGCAAGUUUGAGGCCAGCUAUUUUUUUGCUAAUGUAAGGGAGGAUUGUGAAAAGAAUGGCUUUGUUUACUUACAAACGAAGCUUCUUUCAGGCCUUGCACAAAAGGAAAAAAAAAUAGAUAAUGCGGAUGAUGGAGUAGAGCAAAUAAGAUUUUUUUUACGCCAUAAAAAGGUUUUUAUUGUUCUUGAUGAUAUCAGCCAUGGAAACCAACUAGACAAAUUGGCUGAAAGUGAAGAGUGGUUUGGUGAAGGGAGCAAAAUCAUAAUAACUACUAGAGAUAAACAAUUGUUGACACAAUACAAACAGUUUGAAGAGUAUGGUGUUGGAGAGUUGAAUGAAGAUGAUUCCCUUAAGCUUUUAUGCCAGAAAGCAUUUAAAAAGGAUGAGCCUGAGGAAGGUUAUUUGGAUUUGUCAAAAGAAGUAGUUAAAUAUGCUUGUGGUCUCCCUUUGGCUCUGAAAGUCUUGGGGUCAUUUCUUUGCAAAAGAGAUCAAGUUCAAUGGAGAGAUGCAUUAGACAAGUUGAAGCAAAACUUACAUGAGGAUAUCUCUAGUAAUCUUCUUAUCAGUUAUGAAGGAUUGGCAGAUGAAGAGUACAAAAAUAUAUUUUUAGAUAUUGCAUGUUUCUUCGUCGAAAGAAGGAAGGCUGAAGUGAAAGAUAUAUUACAAGUAUGCGGUCUUCAUUCAGUAAUUGGAAUUGAUGUUCUGAUUGAAAAAUCAUUGUUAAGUACCUUCCAAUUAGAUAUUGAAAAUGGUUGGAUUCAUUUCACCGAUGUACGUCAAUAUAUGGAUGAUGGGCUUCGAAAGAUGAGAAGGGAAAUUUUCAUGAGCGAUUACCUCCAGCUUGAAUAUUUUCCACAAGAUCAUCUUGCAAUGCACGAUUUGCUUCAAGAGAUGGGAAGGAAUAUUGUUUUGAAGGAAUCAAAAAGUGAUCCCUGUAAACGUAGCAGAUUGUGGUGUCUAGAGGAGAUUGAUCACAUGUUGAAAAGAAAUAAGGGAACGAAAAAAGUAAAAAGCAUAUGUUUGAAUAUAGCAAAAAUAUUUGAAGCAGAGUGGCACCCAGAUUGCUUUUCGAAGAUGGAAAAUCUUAGACUUUUGGACUUGAGCGGUGUUUGUCUUUCACGGAAUCUCAAUGUUCUUCCCAGUUCAUUAAAAUUUCUCAGAUGGAAUUGUUAUGCUUUGAAAUCUCUACCAUCGAUUGAUCAGCUGUGUGAACUCGAAAGCCUUGAGUUGUGUUCCAGCAAAAUAGAAAGAUUAUGGAUUGGAGCACCGCAUUUAGAUAAGUUGAGGAUCAUCAAUUUGGCUGAUUCUCAUGAUCUAAUAGAAACUCCAGAUUUCAGUGCAACCCCAAACCUUGAGAAGUUGUUCCUUGAUGACUGCCCUAAGUUAUUUCGUGUUCAUGAAUCUAUGGGACAACUGAAGAAACUAGUUGAGUUGAGUUUGCGAGAUUGUUAUAAUCUUGUUACGCUUCCAAGUUGCCUGGAAAUGAAUAAUCUGGAGGUGCUUAGUCUCAGAGGAAGCUGGAAGCUUGAGAAGCUCCCAGAGCUUGGGAAAAAUAUGACAAGGCUAUACUUGUUAGAUGUGAAUAGAACGUCAAUCACAGAAAUUCCUUCGUCCAUUAUUCAUUUAAUAAAUCUCAAAUAUUUGGAUUUGUACCAUUGCAGAGAACUUAAGGAAGUUCCCGAGCUUCCUCCAAAUUUAAUUAUAGAAGCGACUGGUUGUCAUUUGUUGGAACCCAAAGAAGCAGUUGCAAAAUACCUCCAUCGAUCACGUGUAUCUAAGGGUCCCAUUCACCUUUUCUAUAAUUACUUUUACCCAAUGGAAUUCCCCUGGAGAGGAGGAAUUCCUGAAUGGUUUGAAGGAGAGGAACAUUGUCGGAGUAGAGAGAGUAGUUCAAGUGAAGAAGUGGAAGUGGUAACCAUAACGGCAGACAUACCUUGUGACAUGGCUGAUUCUAGUAAUGGAGAAUGUUGGGGAAUUGCUGUAGCCCUUGCUUUCCAAUCCAAUGCUGAUAAUGAGAAUUAUAAUAUUUCAGUGAAUUGGAAGUUUGAAGAUUAUUGUCAUACCAAUAAAAGAAAUGCCACUAAUAAUGAUGAUGAUGAUGAUGAUCAUGUUCAUCGAGCAUAUGUGGGAUACUAUCCAUUUAAGAAGGAGAACUGUAGACCACAUCCAAGUGGUGUAGGCACCCAACUUCAUUUGACACUUUCUUUCCCGGCCAAUCCUGCUGCUAAAUUGGGAUAUUUCACAAACUGGGAAAUAGUGGACUGUAGAUGGCGUCUGACAUGUCAGAAACAUUUUGAUGAAGGGAGAUGAACACAUCAUGCUGUGUUGUAUUGCCAGCAUUUGUCCUCGCAUCUACUCCAUUACUCACGUAAGUAUUUGAUUUAAUUGUAAUUGGCUGGCAAAAUGAAAUUAAUGUCUUUUCCAUAAAAAAAUUAUGAUGACAAAAUUUGCCAAAUUUCUUUUAAAAUAUUGUUCAUAAAAAAUAAAAGCUUCUCUUUGGUUGAAGAAAUGACAGUGGUUGUUGUCGCAUGUAGGCUUGUUUUGCUGAAGCAUCAGGAGAUAAUCUUAAGAGUUCAAUAAUUUUUUUUUAUAGUAGAGUUCAACAUUUUUAAUUUGUUGUAACCAGUAAUGAAUUAUUUCUGAGAUAUUCUUAUGGUUUAGUGUUAUUUUCUUUAUAUAUUUUUCCCAUCAUCUUUGACUGCAUAUUUGAAUAAUCAAGAUUAUAACAAAAGUUAGUCGGUGAAUUAAAGAGAGAUAAAACAAUUAUUUUGGUCAUUUCAAUUGUUUUAUAAUUUGGAAGGAGAGAAUAUAAUAGAUCCUCUGAAAUUGAGAAUUUAUAAAUUUUAAAAAGUUUGAUUUUUGAAAACAAGAGAUUAUUUUAUGCUUUAUAAAAAUUAUAAAAUGAAAAAUAUAAAAAAAGUAAAAAUUCAUGGAUAUCAACUUUAGAAAAUACAUUUCCUUGUAAAAAUUCAUAAAUUAGUAAUUUUUAAUUAAUUAAAGAUCAUAUUCUCUUUGACAGAGUUGUGGGCACUCUAAAUUUUUUUUGGGAACAGUAUAGCUUAUAAUUUCCAAAAUCGAUGUAUUUUUUAAUUUUAACAGUCAACAUUGUUUAUAAAAAGUUCCACAGCUUGCACUAAAUACUUGAAAUGUGAAAAUGGUUAAAAUCUCAUUUAACAAAAAAAAGAUUAUAUGCUAUAUUGCUUUACAAUUUUUUAAGGUGCUCACAACUCUUUAGAGAAUGCUCAGGGGCAAACAUGUACUUUAGUCAUAUUUUAAUUACCUAUACAUCCAAUAUAAUUAGAUUUAUAAUAUUCAAUACACACAUAGGGAAUGCAAAUUUGUUUAAGAUGAAUGUUUCGUUUAAAAAAACAAUUAGAGGCAAAUAUUAUAAGUGGCUUCAAAUCCUUAGCUUGCAUAUCAUUAUCAUUAGCAGUAUGGAUGUUUCUAUUCCCUCUUGUAAUUUAUUUUUUUUAUCUCAUUUUUCGUGUUUGCAAUAAUUACAUGUUUUUCCUUUGUUGAAAAGUUUCAGUUGUUCAUUACUGACUAGUUCAGGACAUGCUUGUUCCAUGAAGGGAAGCUACGAAUUCUGUUGCAGAACCAAACAUGCGUUUCAUUAGCAUAUAUAUAUUUGUAUUCCAGGCACAAAGUUAACAUCUGAGCUCAUGUCACCUCUUCCUCAAAUCUUCAAGCAGAUGAUCGUCCAUCACUUUAUGAUCGAUGUGCCAUAUCCAGCUCUUUACAAUUUUAGGUUUCUUCAUUUAAUUUGGUGUGCAUGUUUUUGUUGGCAAGGAGCAAAAAUAGUUGAAGACAUUGUUGAAGUUGUUUUGCAGUAAGAACCAAAUUGCAUGUUAAUUAAUUACCAUCUAACUUGAUUUGACCGUGUAAAAAAAACUUAAUUUGUUUUGUGAUUUAAUAUUGUUAGAAAUUGGGGGCGACUACUCAAAAAUGGGAGAAGAGAACAAACAAGAAAGAGUAGUGGAAAACUGUUAUAUCUUAAUUCAAAAUUUUUGAAUUUAAAUUUUUA